GGACUUACCUGUUGGACCCAAAUGUAUAGACUCUGACACAACCAUUAAUUAUUUAUUUAUUUAUUUUAAAUUGGUCUGUGCACUACGCUGCGGUGGGCAUCAACAGUGACCUAGUGCAGAUUGUGUACAGUUCUGUAGCUUAUGAGCGACAGGGAGGACACUGGAGAGGAUGAUAGGAUCCUGCGAUCAGCAAGGCGCCCGAUAGCCCACUUGGCAUUAGGACCAGAGGGUGAGAGACAGCAGCAGCAGCGGAGGGCUAGGGCCGCAGAGGCAAGCAGGGCGUUCGCAAGCGAAGCCGCUACUUCAGCAGCCAUGGCCACUGCUGCGCAACAGAGCUCCCAGGCCAGUAGUUCAGGAAUUGUAGGGGCGACCACCGCGCAGACCUUGAGUCAGUCCACUGGAGUUAUGGCAAGCCAGCCGUUAGUGUUGAACCUCGAGGAGGUCGCCAUACAGCGAACAGCCGCUCGCAAGGCACAACUACAGCAGCGAUUUCAGACCACUUCAGAAUCUUUCAUUCUGAAAUUUAAGGUGGUCGUUAACCGCAAGUAUGAUCUAUUCGAAGAGCCGAAAGGGGUUGUAGAGAGGGAGGUCGUCCAUGCAAUAGAGAUAAUCCCGAGGUCUAGCAUUCUGAAGGGUAGGAUCUAUCGGAUGUCUCUAGGUGAGCUCGACGAGCUUCGCGGACAACUGAAGGAUCUCAUAGAGAAGGGUUGGAUCCGGCCUAGUGUCUCCCCUUACGGAUUUCCAAUUUUAUUCAUAUCGAAAAAGGGAGGGACCUUGAGGAUGUGCAUUGACUAUAGGGGCCUCAAUGCUAUCACUGUAAAGAACGCAGAGCCCCUACCUCACACCGAUGACUUGUUGGACCAAGUGCAAGGGUGCCGGUACUUUUGUAAGAUAGAUCUGAAGUCUGGGUACCAUCAGAUUGCAAUCCGGCUCGAGGAUCAAUACAAAACCGCUUUUCAGACCAGGUACGGUCUGUACGAGUUUGUGAUGACGCCUUUUGGCCUUUGCAAUGCUCCUGGCACCUUUCAGCACACCAUGAACCGGAUUUUUCAUGAGUACUUGGACAAGUUUGUCAUCAUGUACCUCGAUGACAUACUUAUCUUUAGUAGGACUGUCGAGGAGCACGUUGGCCACUUAGACAAAGUACUUAUAUCUAGGCAGCACCAGUUUAAGAUUAACUGGGAGAAUUGUGAGUUUGGCUGCACCUGGAUCUUAUAUCUAGGUCAUGAGGUUUCUGCGGAGGGGUUGAAGCCCGAUGACACGAAGAUGGCCAGCAUUCGUGACUGGCCGCGUCCUCAGUUUGUAACUGAGAUGAGAUGCUUCUUAGGCAGGACCGGUUACUACCGCAAUUUUGUGAAGAAUUACAGCAUAGUGGCCACACCUUCGACGGAUCUGACACGCCUUGACACCCCAUGGGAGUGGACAGACAGGUUUAGCAAGUAUGCUAGGUUAGUCGCAGUGCCUGCAACAGCCAAGACCAAGUACGUGAUUAAGCUGUUCAAAGAGAACUGGGUCAGGGACUUCGGUUUGCCAAAGUCCAUCAUUAGUGACCGGGAUGUGCGAUUCACCAGUGAACUGUGGAAGGCAGCAGCUGCAGAACAGGGGACACAGCUGCAGAUGACCUUCGGGAACCACCCAGAGGCAAAUGGGCAAGCAGAGCAGCUGAACCGCGUUGUACAACACCUGCUGACGCAUUACAUCGAGCCCAAUCAGGUCCACUGGGAUGAGAAACUUGGUCUCAUCGCCAGCCUGUACAACAAUGCUGCGCACAGCGCAACUGGGGUGAUCCCCAACAGUCUGUUAGCGACUUUCAAGCCUAGAUUGCGCUUAGAUUUCCUGCUACCUGAAAACCAGCCGUCUGCUGCACCAGGCACCUCAGAGUUUGCAUAUCGAUAUGAGUGUCUGAUGCAGCAAGCUGUAGAACAGAUGCACAAGGAGGAGGCGGCGAUGAUAGAGUCUGAGAACAAGCACCGCUGCCCAUCCACAUUUCAGGUAGGGGACAGAGUCUGGGUCAAGUCCUCAGAACUGGGACAAGAGCAUGGGAUAUCCCGCAAGCUCAUGCCACAGUACUUUGGACCCUGGGAGGUUCUAGAUAUCGUCGGGGAUGAUACGGAUGGGCCGUGGUAUGUAAUUUGGAUCCCUGGUCACCUUCGCACUUACCCUGUCUUUCACGCUUCCAAGCUCGCACCUUUCGGAGAAACUGAUCAGUUUCCCUCUCGUCACUCAAUGCUGCCGCCAACCAUGGAUGGAGAGGUCGACAUCGCUGACAUUGUGGGCCGCAGAGAGAUGCCAGUUCCAAGACCGACAGGCAGGGGACGUCCUCCAAAACCGAAGCUGCAGUAUCGCGCUUGGUUCAGACAUCACACUGAUCUCAAGGAGGAUAGAUGGUUUACAAGGGAGGAACUGCUGCAGACCGCACCACGGGUUGUUGCCCACUACGAGAAGUUGCUGCAGAAAGGAAAGCGCCAGACUGAAUGAACUUCUCAGAGGUCGACAUGGACGACAUUGUGGACCGCAGAGAGAUGCCAGUUCCAAGACCGACAGGCAGGAGACGUCCUCCAAAACCGAAGCUGCAGUAUCGCGUUCGGUUCAGACAUCACACUGAUCCGAAGGAGGAUAGAUGGUUUACGAGGGAGGAACUGCUGCAGACCGCACCACAGGUUGUUGCCCACUACGAGAAGUUGCUGCAGAAAGGAAAGCGCCAGAUUGAAUGAACUUCUCAGAGGACU